CCCAUCAAUUACCUCGAAUCAGAAAACAUUGAACGAGAUUAUCCUGCAGGUGAUAUCGACGAGGAAGCAGUACGACGUUUGCACUGCGCUUUAGGACUAGUCAAGGACGAUUCCUGUCCAGUUGACGGUGGGUGGAGUUCGUGGGAAAAGUGGGGUCCAUGUGCCGGAGACUGUGGCUCUCCAGGUAAAAAAAUCAGGAAUCGAAGGUGCAAUAAUCCCCCACCUUCGGAGGACGGAGUAUCAUGCGUCGGUCCUGAGUCCCAGAUACUCACUUGCCAGAUCAUCGGAUGUACCAUGAGCGAUUAUGAAAAGGUUGCUCGAGGUGAUCCUGUUCGAAAUGAAGAAGUAAAAAUGGUCAAGGCAAUCCACGAGAGAAUCCCUGCUUUGGAUAAACUAUGCUUUUCUGCAAACUGUGACUUUCCAAUCGUUGAUAAAGUCUUAGGGUCUGACGCGAUGACGUACUGGAACGCCAUGAAUUGCGUUAAACACGGAGUUGGUUGUCCCGUUACUGGCGGUUGGAGUCCGUGGCAAGACUGGUCUUCGUGCACCGCUCGAUGUGGAAAGGGAUCGCGAUAUCGCGAACGGUUUUGCAACAACCCCCAGCCCUCCGAUUCUGAACUCAUGUGCGAUGGAUCGGCGUUGGAGAUCGAAGACUGCACCGGAGCUUAUUGCGAGAAGCAGUUAUCAGGAGAAUGGAACCAGUGGAGCGUAUGGUCGAAUUGCAGCGUUAGGUGUGGAAGUGGGGUCGUGAAGCGAAUCAAAGAAUGUACGGAGGUCCGAAAAAGACAUACGUAUUACAAGAGAGCGAUGCAAGGGACCGCGUGCAAAGGACCGAAUACAGAUAUCAAAAAAUGCGAAAUCACGGAUUGUUCGGUAGACGGAAUGUGGUCCAAAUGGACAUCGUGGUCACUUUGUUCCGCGCGAUGCGGUGUCGGCGCACGAUCGAGAAACCGUAUGUGUAGGAACCCUGCGCCAAGUGGAAAUGGAGCAAGUUGUAACGGUCCUGUUACUGAGAUUAGGCAAUGCUUUGCAAGACCGUGUUCUGUCAGAACGCACGAGGUAGCAGUAUUUUCUGGCGAGAGCAAUCUCAUAUAUUCAUCGAACGGAAAACAGUCUCGUCUACUCCACAUGUAUCUCAGAUUUUAUCCCCUCGCUCCUUACGGCGUGCUCGUUCAUCGCUGGCAAAAUGACUGUGAAGGUGUAGCCUGCGAUUUCGUAAGACUUUCGCUCCAGGGUGGUAAAGUUACCCUUUUAGCUCAAAUAUCCGGUUGCACUUUGGUUCUGAUGCGGGACGAUCGAUUAGAGAUUGGUCAGUGGCACGAGACUUUGGUAACAUUGGCAGGGGUCACCGGAACUGUACGCGUAAACAAUGGCGUACAAUCGGUGUCUUCUUUUUCCUGUGUCCCUAUCGCACCUGAUCUGGAUCACACGAUGAAAUUGGGUGAAAGAUUUCGGGGACAGAUUCAGCAAGUUUCCAUAAAUUUUACACCAAUUCGCCUUCGUCUUGAGACGGUAUAUGAUUUUCCUACCGAUACCGUCGUAAAAUCGUACAAUACUUUACGAUUCUGCACUUAUCACCUCCGCAGGGAUCAAAUGAACACGCGAGUGGUACAGCUCCAAUCACCAGCAAUUUCAUGGAUUACGUUACAGCGGAUGACGACGAGGGUUUCGUUCAUCUCGAUCAAACUCAAGUCAUGCGAGUCAGAUGUCCAGCUGAUCCAAAGUCUUGGCGAGUGCGUUCGAAAAUACGAUUUGAAGUUGUAUUUUCAUAUUGCCCUGAAGCCCGAUCAAAUCGAUGGAUCGGUUGCAAUAAUUCCUGGAGAGACCUUGAACCAUUAUUUUCUAAUCGUGCUGGAGGAAGGCCGCGUACGUUUCAGUCUUUAUCAGGGAGACGAGCACGCGAAUGCGGAGAGUAGAGAAGAUAGUGCGGUGAUUGGCGAGUGGCUCGAAAUAAUCGUAGCUCGUAACGAAGAGGAAGUUUAUAUCCAAGUGAACGGAGACGACAAAAUAUACCUCUCCUCGAUCUCCGAAAAAAUCAGAGUCCAAUGCGUCGAUAAUAUUUUGAUAGGAGCUCUGUCGAACGAUCUAAAAACAAAGAUAUGUCCCAUUUGCAAGAGAAUAACUCAGCUAACUUUUGUUCUCGGAAUCGUGACCGUUGAUGGGAAAGAAGACGAUCUGAUCUCUCUGCCGACUCAGGAAAUAUCGGGACAACGUUUCUCAAGUCACAUGGCCAGUUUUUCAGAGCACUAUAAAGAAGUACAAGUUCCACUUGGUCAAGAAUUGGAAUUAUCUUGCUUUUAUGACCGCAGUAAUCACGACCAAAAAACACAUCCACCACCUACUGUGGAUAGCAACGUUAUCUGGCUUCUUCUAGACAAGCCUCUGCGUUCUAAAAAUAAAAGGAAAGACUUGUACACCCUCAAGGAUGACGGAAGAGUGAGCACGAUAAGUGCCGCCAGUUAUUUAAGCCGCGAUAUGAUCGAAGGAUUUUAUUCGUGCUGGCUGCCUCAUCCAACAGCUGGUUUAUCGGGGAAUCCGGAAAAAAUACUUUUCACAUUCGGAGUAGCGAUUAUUGAUGAAAACAGAGAAUUCGGCGGGAUACCGUGGAAAAAAUGGACCCUAGUGAGCAUUGUUUCUGCAGCGUUGUUGUUAUUAGCAUUCAUUUGGCUCGUUUACGAAGCAAUCCUGGAUUAUCGGCACGGACACGGAUUCUACAGACUUCCUUCGUUAACCAGAGAUCAAGAUCUAGCAUCGAUGCAGUGCUUUGUUUUAUCGAAGGAAGGACUCAUUCUUCUGGGCUGUCAGGAAGCGGUGGACGAAGUGGUGGCAAAAUUAGCUGAGGAACGUUGCAUUUUAAAUAGUUUGGGCGAAUCGACGAGGGACAUUCUGCGGAGGGACUCGAAGUUGCCCGAGGUGAAAGAAUCUCUCAGGCUAAAAACUGAACAGAUAACUCACAGUGAACGUAAAAGUUUAACCAAACUCGAAACCAAAAAUUCGAUCUGUACGAAAACGCUGCACGCGUCCGAACUGUCGUCUACCGAAUCUGAUCAGUCGAUAGAAAAUGAAUCCGUCGUGAGUUCUGCCAGUUGUCAGAAAUCGUAG